AUGAGCACACUUGUGCCGUGUGUGUGUGGCGAUUUCCAAGUGGAGAGGCAAGCACAGCUACAUCCGACGCGACAGAAAGAGACGCACGUAGAUACGAAGAGAGGGAAGAAGAAGAAGACGACGAAGAAAGGAGGUCUGCACCGGCAGACGACGAAGAGAGAGGAUCAACCAAAGGAAUGGAUCAGUUUCCAGUCACAUUGCCCCGUCAAAGGUGGUAACGGUGCCGCCAGGGCAUUUCAGCAUGCUUCCCGUUCCCACGCACACACAAGGUGUGUUGCGCGGGCGGUAGUCGCGAUAUGGCUGAGCAGAACGGUCUCGUCACGCCCAUCUUUAGUUGAUAAAGAAGGGAGGGAAAAAGACGAGAGAAAGGCUGGGGGGCGGGCGGCGCGGGAAAAUGGGGUUCGGUGGGCGGUGGGCGGCUGUGCCCUGGAGCGGGAAAAGAAAAUUGCGGGCAGGGCAGAGGGCAGGUACAGGCACCGGUGA